GUUAUUUUCUGACCCUUUGUCCUUGAGAAGAUGAGGAGGCCUGGAAAGAAAAGAUCUUCUCCUGAGCAGCCAAAGCUCUGCAUAAGCGAGAACCCGGAACAGCCUGAAAGCUCCAGAUCCAAAAGAGUUGGAAAAUCGAAACAACUUGGAAGUGGAAAAAAGAAGGUAGAUGUUCAAGGGAAGAAUAAAGUUAAGGCUUCUUAUCCCCAACGAAACAAAGGAGGCGGGAAGAGACAAGCAGGGAUAAAAGCGGUUAACAAUGAUCGAAAGAUUCAGCUGGAAGUUUCGAAACUGAGACGUGAAGUAUUGGAACUGAGACGUCAAUAUGGCGAUCUAGAGAAAGCAAAUGAAGAUUUGGCAAAGGAGAACGAGGGACUUAAUUCUAAUGUUACUGCUAUGGAGGAGCUGAUAGAGCAGGUGGAGGGACAAAAAAAUUUUAUGGAGAACAGUCCAAUGCAUGUGGACAGUCCUAAAGGAAAGAUUGAUGCCCUAGUUCCUCUCACAUGUCCCAAAGAAGGACUUGCAACAAUCAAGUUAAUUACUCAGGGUACAGGACCUUCAGAAGCUGAAGUAUUGAGGGCUGAAAUCAAGCAAAUUUGGGUUAAGUUGAGGGAGAUAAGGGCUAACAACAAACAAUUGAAAGGGGAUAAAGAAAGACUCAACUCUAAGCUGAAAAUUGAAAUCAAAAUUCCUUGCAAUGAAGAACUUGCAGCAAACAACCAUGUUAUUGGAGGCGAGCGUACCAAUCCACAUGUCACAUCCACAGGUUGCCCAACAAGCAGCACUUCAUCUAGCGGCUUCAUGUCUCAUAUUCACAGCCUUUUGGGUCAAGUUGGCACUGCACUGGUCGAUCAAUUAGCCCUUGCACUGGUCGAGCAAUUAGUCCUUGCACUGUUCAAGCAUAUGGAGGAUUUCGUUGCAAGCUUCACUGCACAGGAGACAGAGAGAGAAUUUAAAGCUGUGGAUGCCAAAGAGGACGCGCCCACCUAGCCAAAGAAACUGCGGACGAGGAUAACUAGGGUGCGGGCGUGGCUGGUCUCGCGCAGGAACCGAUCGACCGCGGCACAAUCUCAGCAAAUACAAGCUUGUGGUCUUGUGAAAUGUGAAUAAAUUGCUGGUUGUAAAUACAUAUUAUAUGUUGUGAUAAUUGACAUAGCUGUGUUUCCCCUUUGAAACAUUUUUGUUUCUUCCCAAUUUUUUUUUUCAGAUUUUUGUAUAGUUUUUUGUUUUUUUUGUUAUCUCCAAUACAGAUUAUAUAAGAUA